CUCUUCGCUUCUGGCUUGAUCUCGUCUUCGAUUAAAGGCUCUCGCGACUGUAUGACCAGCGCAUUCGGUGCUGUCGUCGUGAGGCCUGAGAUUGAACAUUCGCCCGAUCUGUACUUCUUCUGUGCUCAGGCUCUCUUGCCGUCUCCUCUCCGUCGCUCUUGCGCUGCGUAUUUCCUGCACCGGAGCAAGUCUCGCGGCUCGAACGUGGUCUUCUGACUGACUGGGGAUCGAUUUAUCCGUCGAUCGCGAAGGAGCAUACGCUAGCUCGAUCGCUGUUGCUGAGAAGAAGUGCCUAUCUCCACUCACGUCUGACCUGCGACUCUCGCUUGCGAAAUGACGACAUCUAGGCGCCUGGCUGACCGAAAGAGUGCCAAGUUCCAGAAAAACAUCCUCAAGAGAGGAGCAGUUCCUGAGACGACAGUGAAGAAGAGCAAUCCAUAUCCUGUUGGACCGAUUGUCCUUGGCUUCUUCAUCUUCGUUGUGAUCGGUUCAGCCAUCUUGCAAAUUUUCAGGACGGCUACAAGUGGUGGACUAGCUUGAGCUACACUAAUUAGCCUUAUGGUGGAAGGCAACCGAAAUUCUCUCUUUUAGUUUUAGCCAAAGCAAGUACGAACCGGGAGAACAAUGGGAGCAAUCACGAGCGGAGUAGCCAUCUACUUGUAUAGAUUUAAGGGCACUCGGUGGACCCAGAGAUCAUAAUUAUCAAUCACAGACCGCCAAGAGCUGGUUGUUUCAAGUUACUUAUUGAAAUUUUAGCAAGCAGCCACUCAGGGUUUAGAAGGUAUCUCGAUUAACUGUUGAUCAGUCGAUGUAACAUGACAAUUGCGAAAGGACAGGUUAUCCUCCUUUUUUAUAGUACUCCCGAUUGACUUCAUCCACUUUUCUCCACACAGCCUUUCGAGAAGUAGUUUCAGGUUGUAAGAGCGUCGCAACCUGGACUUUUGUGUGUGAGAUUAUUCCUCAACGGUCGGGUCGACAGUGGGUACUCUCAACUAGGUUUUGGAAAACAGACGUAAGUUG